AGGAGAAGCCUGUGGGAGGUGGAGUGGACUCGCAGCUUUGCUAGGGGGCUGUCUGCUGGUAAGGCCACUGCAAUCCACUCCUUCAUAUACUUUAAGUGCACCUCAGUUAGAGUAGAAAAGAGCACAGCUGUGGGAGCUUCCCUAAAGCCACCUGAAGCACUGCAGGUUAGGAGCAUUUCAACUCCUAGAGUGGAAGAUUGACUGGGCUGAAUAUACUGAAUCAGGAGGAACGUGGAGACUUUUAGCAGCAUUUUGAUGCUUUUUAAUUAAUUUUAAUCAUCUACAGUUUGAAGAAGAAGAAGAAGGAGAAGAAGAAGAAGAAGAAGAAGAAGAAGAAGAAAAGGAUUAUUGUUAUUUUUAAAAUUUUUAUUUUUUCAUAAACCAUCUCAUGUCCUUCUUUUAUUAAUUUACACCAAAAAAACUUCAGCAGCAUGGCAGGUCAGAAGAAACAGGUGAGCAAGGCCAGGCUUCUGACCUUUCUGGCACUAGGAAUCUUCUUCAUCACCUUAGUUGCCUCAGCAGAGGAGUACGACUAUUACAGCUGGCAGUCCGACAACUUCCACAACGGCCGCUUCUACGCCAAGCAGCCCCAGUGCGUAGACAUCCCAGUGGACCUGCGCCUCUGCUACACUGUGGGCUACAAGAAAAUGCGGCUGCCCAACCUGCUGGACCACGAGACCAUGCCAGAGGUGCUGCAGCAGGCAGGUAGCUGGGUGCCCCUGCUGGCCAAGCGGUGCCAUGCUGACACUCAGGUGUUCCUGUGCUCACUGUUCGCUCCAGUCUGCCUGGACCGGCCCAUCUACCCCUGCCGCUCCCUGUGCGAGGCCGUCAGGGAUAGCUGCGCCCCCGUCAUGGAGACCUACGGCUUUCCCUGGCCUGAGAUGCUCCAGUGCGACAAGUUCCCCUACGAUAAUGACCUGUGCAUCACCAUGCAGUUCUCUAUGAACCACGCCACUCAGACUCCAGUUUCCAAAGCAUGUCCACCGUGUGACAAUGAACUGAAGUCUGAGACAGUAAUGGAACACUUCUGUGCCAGUGACUUCGUGCUGAAGAUGAAAAUCAAAGAAGUCAAAAAGGAGAAAGGUGACCGCAAGCUCAUCGCAGCACAGAAGAAGAAGAAGGUUCUGAAGAUGGGCAUCCUGCGCAAAAAAGACCUGAAGAAGCUCACAUUGUAUCUUAAGAAUGGAGCAAACUGCCCUUGUUCACAACUGGACAACCUCGGGAGCAACUUCCUCAUCAUGGGACGCAAAGUGGACCAGCAGCUGCUGCUCAUGUCUAUCCACAAGUGGGACAAGAAGAGCAAAGAACUUAAGUAUGCCAUCAAAUACAUGAAGUCCCAUCAGUGCCCAACUUACCACACCGUCUUCCAGUGAACAGCGGCCACAUAACUCAAGAUUUCUCCAUCCAACCUUCUCCUUCCAGCAGACCCUUUCUACAGUUAGCACAUACUAUUAUUAUUCAAAAGCUGCCUUCGGGAAUGAUUCAUUUGCUAAUGGUCGGAUACUUCAAAUAUUUCAGAUAUUUCAGCAAUGUUUAUACUUCUUUUUUUUAUAUUGUUCACUGUAUAUAUAGACGUUGAUGCAUCUUUUGAAACAAUCAGUACAUUCAUACAUAAAUAUGUUUUUCAGAAACCCUCAGAUACUCAUUGUUCUCUGUUAGAGCAAAAACAUAGAGCAAUUCAUUCCCAAAGAAACUGUUCUAGAUGCAAAGCCAACUUAAACAGUUUGUAAAUACGUUCCACAAACAGUGGCACAGAAUUAUGAUAAGAGAGUGAUAAGAAAAGUGGCCAUGUUGAGACGUUGAAAUGUGAGAGUAAGGGAAAACAAUCAGUCACUUUUUUUGAAGGGUACCUACAUAGGGGCUUUGUAACACAUUAAUUCAGAGCAUUAAAUAAUGUAUUUAUAAAGCAGCAUUAAAACAUGUAUAAAUGAUUUACCCCAGUACUGCCAACAUAAGGUUUUAUGUUUUAGGAAAUUAAGCAGUGUUGAUGUUGUGUAUUGAUAUAACAUACUGUAAAUGGAUUUCAAUUUCGCUGCUGAACAGGUAAUCAUUGAGCUUCAGUAAGGUUGCUAACCUCGCUCGGUAAUGACCGCCACCACGAACAGCGUAGGAGUGAAAGGCCAUCAGUUUCUCUGAUUUUGCUGUUUAUAGGUAUAUAUUUGAGUAAAAUAUAAUUUGUUUUUUUAUUCUAUAAACUACGGACAACAUUUAUCCCAAAUUCCAAAAAAAAUAUUGUCAUUUAGAGCAUUUAUUUGCAGAAAAUAAGAAAUGGCUGAAAUAACAAAAACGAUGCAGAGCUUUCAGACCUUAAAUAAUGCAAAGAAAACAAGUUCAUAUUCAUAAAGUUUAAGAGUCAGAAAUCAAUAUUUGGUGGAAUAACCCUGGUUUUUAAUCACAGUUUUUAUGGAUCUUGACAUGUUUUCCUCCACCAGUCUUACACACUGCUUUUGGAUAUCUUUAUGCCACUCCUGGUGCAAAAAUUCAAGCUUGGUUUGAUGAUCAUCAUUAUGAUCAUCAUUUCUAAGUGGUCUCUUAUUUUAUUCCAGAGCUGUAUAUAUAUUUAAAAAAAACAACUUAUUUUGUAUGUAAUUGCGUACGCAAUUCAUAAAUCUUAAAAUGAUGCUUUAUAAAAACAUUAUUUAAUUUUUUGAGUGUGUUAUAAAGCCUCUAUAUAGAUAGUCUUCAAAUAUUGUAAGUGUUACCACAAUCAGUAAGCAAAUAUUUGAUCAAAAAAAGAUGAGUGCUUUGAAAACAUGCAGCCAGUUAAGGUUUCUUGUUGUGUUUUAUCUUGUAGAUAUGGAGAAUAAAUGGUAUACCGUGCAUUAUGUAGAUAAGAUUAUGGUUAUGGUUAUGGAAAAACCUUCCAGAAUGCAGAGCCACCUGAGAUGUGGUUCACGUCGAGGAGAAAUGAGGAGAACUGAUUGCAGUUCUCCUGAUUGUUGAUCAUAUGGACGAUGAGCAGCACCUGGAACGCUUCCCUGUCCUGAGCGAGAGUCUCGCACCAGCUGGCCGGACGCUGGACGGACUCUGGACGGACUCUGGACUGACCGAACAGUUUGGCCGGUGAGAUCACUGGCAUCCUUCACUAUUUUUUUCAUAUAUCGAAUGUUCUUUUUUUUACUGAAAUUAUUAUCAACUGCUUCAAAUAUACUUCUAUGGUAUGAAAACAAAUGAAAACAUCUGGCAGACAUAGCAUCUGGAUUCACUGUUUAUAAAUAAAUGAUAAAAUCUC